AUGGCUGGUCACGCCAAAGCGACCCUGGAGCCAGAGGGCUCUUCGCCUGCCUCCUUUUCUCCCCCAGGCUCGCCUCAGCAAAGAGACCCGACAGUCAGUUCCCAAGAGAUAACCAGCCAGUUCGCCAGCGCCAGGAGCAAAGAGGACUGGGAGAACCUGGACGGGAGUGAGUUGAUUUUCACCUUGGAUAAGGAUGAAGAGGAAGGAGCUGCCAAUUUGCCUGAGAACGCUGUUCUGUAUGUGGACACUGGGCAGUGUGAAGGCCAACCUGGAUCUUCGUUCCAUAGGCCAUUCCCUCCGGCUUCUCCUCCGGAGCUGGGCUUCCUGAUCGACAUCCCCUUCUAUCACCUGCCUGGCUUCUCUCCACCGAGCUCCAUUGCCCCCCCGAAUCUGCAGGGGUCCCCGGGCCCCAAGCCCCUCAUUAACUUAGUGAAGUCCCUGUCGACCGAGAUACAAGCCAAGGAGAGCUGCCCUCUCAAGCCCCAGCCCUUGCUGAACUUGGUCAAGUCCAUUUCAACGGAGAUCUCCCACCUGGAGCCCGAGGUGACGCAGUCCAAAUCAGACUCGAAGCUCAACGUGCAUCUGUGGAGGCAGAUCACCCAUCCCAAGAGCAGAGAUGGGGACUCCAGGACAGCCCCCUCCUCCCCCAAUAUCUCCCCUUCGGAGAGCAAAGGCAGCUUCUUCAGGGUGCAGGAGGCCAAGUUCGAGGACACGAAGAGGAGGUUCUCCGAGGCCAUGCAGGAACCUCUCAGCAGACUCAGCAAAAUCAUCGGGGACGAGAACAGCGUCUCGGCCAAGUAUAAACUGCCCCACUCCGGUGCUUACGUCCAUGACUCCCUGUCCAGCCACAGAGGGGACUGCACUAGCGCGGACGUCAAGGCUGCUAGGCCCAGUCCCGGGAAAGUGGAGAGCGACCGGCCGGGAGAGCACACGUGCAAAGCGAUCCGGAGGACCCAGGCGAAGGACGGCUUCCCCUUGGAGCACAAGUGGGGGCCCGCCUUGAACUGCAGGUACGAGAUCUGCUCCUGUGGAGACGUAAUCCAGGUGGUAGAAGUGGAGCAGCGCGAGAACGGCCCGGAGGAGGCGCAGCUGCGGCAGCCCCUGGACGAGCUCCUCCCAGCCCAGCCUGGCAGCCCGGUGCCAUGCAAAACCCUCGCCUGCGUCGCCAUCUUGGCUUACAAUUACUUCAUCCUGCCUCUGCCCCCUUACCUCUCGGGCCUCUGUCUGGGACUGGCCUGCGGGUUCGUGCUGGGCUUCCUGGUCAUCCUGCUGUUCGUGCCAAAGCCUUCCCUGGCUCCCCGGCAGGGACGGUACCCACAGGACAAGCUGCACUCGAAGCUGCUAACGAGGAAGCCACGGGAACCAGACGUCCUCAAGAGCUGGAUGAACGAGAUGUAUUUCUACGACCCGGAGACCUACCACCCGUCGCUUACUCACUCGGUGUUUGUGACGCUGGAAGGCUCCGCCAUGAAGCUCUCCUACCCUAAGAACAACAUCCCGCGCCGAGCCACCUUCGAAGAAGAAACCCUCGACGUAGCUUUUGUCAGCCAUCGGCACUACGACAUGAGCAAUGCCCAGGUCUUUCUCUUCCCACCGGGCCUGGCCCGAAAGAGGAUGUGGAACAAGAAAUAUCCCAUCUGCAUUCUGUUCCCAGACCAAGAGGACCAGAAUUUCAGAAGCUCAAAUGAGCAUGACAUGGACCUCCCAAGAGAUGAAAGCCUGAAAAUGACUCGGACACCAGACCAGGACGUCCCCCUGAAGCCUCCAGGGGACCUCCGGGAAAGGACUCUCUACCUCUUUGGAAGAACAGGAAGGGACAAAGAAGAGUGGUUCCAACAUCUCAUGACAGCCUCCCGAGGGGACUGUCAUGAGGUGCAGAGUGCCAGCUGGAGUGAAGGCAAAUUUGGUUUCGGUCUGAACCAGCUCUCCAGCCCUUCAGGAAAGGGCAUCAACAGCAGUGGCAGCAGCCGGGGAAGCACCGAAGACAUCCCUUCGUUGUUGAGACCCAAGGAUCUAGCUGGCACCGUCCGGCAGAAGAUUCUUCUGGAUUACAGCACCUACAUGUCCCAGUUUGUCCAGCCAGAAACGGGCACCAGCCCCCUCCAGAGCCCCUGUCACAGCGCCAUGGGCAGCCCAACCUCGCAAAAGUUCCUCAGGGACAUGAAUGGCAGCAGUGAAUUGUCCAUGGCUUGGAUGAAUGCACUGGUUGGGCGAAUCUUCUGGGACUUCCUGAGGGAGAAAUAUUGGAUGGACCAAGUGUCAAACAAGAUCCAGAAGAAGUUAAGCAAAAUCAAGCUCCCGUACUUUAUGAACGAGCUCACGCUCAACGAGCUGGACAUGGGGACAUCCAUCCCCCUCGUUCUCAGUGCCUCCAGUCCGAUCAUCGAUAACCGAGGGCUUUGGGUGGACGUGGAAGUCAUCUACAAUGGCACCCUACAGAUGACACUGGAGACGAAGAUGAACUUGUGCAAGCUGGGGAAAGAGGCACUGGCGGAGGAGAGUGGGCAGGCGGCUGCUGGUGGGGAAGGGGCGAAGCCUCGGGGGAUCCUGCUGGCAGACAGCGAUGCAGAAUCCUCCAGCGCCGGCUCCUCCGAUGAGGAAGACGUCCUUGCAGCAGAGUCUUCUGGAACCCUGGGAGAGAGGAUCGUCCCCUCUCCUGCUGAAGGCCACGGUGGCGGCAACAGCACCAGCCGGAAGAUCCUGCGCUUCGUGGAUAAGAUCGCCAAGUCCAAGUACUUCCAGAAGGCCACUGAAAACGACUUCAUCAAGAAGAAGAUCGAGGAGGUGUCCAACACGCCGCUGCUGCUGACUGUGGAAGUCCAGGAGCUGGCCGGGACCUUGGCUGUGAACAUUCCUCCACCCCCGACAGACCGAAUCUGGUACAGCUUCCGAAUCCCUCCCCAGCUGGAGCUGAAAGUCCACCCAAAGCUGGGCGAGCGGGAAGUCACCUUCAUCCACGUCACGGAAUGGAUUGAGAGGAAGCUGCAGCAUGAAUUCCAGAAAAUUUUAGUGAUGCCAAACAUGGAUGAUCUCAUCAUUCCCAUCAUGCACUCCGGCUUGGACCCCCAGCCCCCCAUGGAGGGGUCCUUCAAGGACCUUCCAGCGGAUAGUGAGAAGUGGCUCUGA